AUGCGACUCAUCAAGUGCCAAAUUCCUAACGAGUUAAGAUAUUGAGGCUGAAGUUUUGCCCUGUGGCCAAAUGCUUUAAGGUAAUCAGAAUUAAAAAGGUAUUAAUAGGGAAGGGUGUUCAGGAAGGGAACAAGUCAAGACGUGAAAAGACAAUGGAGCUAAUGUGGGAGCGUCAUUUGACCGCACUCCUGGGGUAUUUAUACAGAUGUCCUCAGAGAGAUAAAUGUCUGCGCCGUCAGAGGUCUUCACAGGCUCGGUUGCCAACUCUUCACUUACACUUUUUCUUCUCAAAAAGUGAGACUUGAUCAUAGAUAUGCUGGCAACCAGGACUUUGCUGUCAAAACAGACACUGGCAAUUCUCUCUCGCCAGCCAGCCUGCUUUGUUCACCACGGUGACCAUGGCACCUGGGGGAACACCAAUGUUGCAGUGGUUUUCUCAGGAUGUGGAUGGUGGGAUGGAACUGAUGUCCAUGAAGGAGUGUACACCAUGUACCACCUGAGCCGAAACGGAGCUCGUUUCCAGAUGUUUGCUCCGAAUCAGCAGCAGAUGCAUGUGAUGGAUCACAUGAAAAAGCAGCCGUUCUCAGGGGAGAACCGGAACAUGAUGAUGGAGUCGGCUCGCUUCAGUCAUGGUCAGGGAAAGAUGCAAAUGCAGGACCUGUCCGUUCUGGAUGUCAACAGCUUUGAUGCUGUCAUCUUUCCUGGAGGUCAUGGGAUCAUCAAGAACCUAUCCUCUUUUAUGAAGGAUGGCAAAGACUGUAAGCUGCACAAUGACGUAGAACGAGUUCUUAAAGAUUUCCACCAUUCACGCAAGCCCAUUGGCCUGGCCAGCAUGGCUCCUGUGCUGGCCUGCCGUGCUCUGCCCAGCAUUGAGGUGACCAUGGGCUACGAACGUGAUGAGAACACCCGCUGGGGCAACUGGCCUCACACAAACAUGGUGCAGACCGUGAAGAGCAUGGGCGCUCGCCACAAUGUCCGUGAGCCAUACGAAGCCUAUGUGGACGAGAAGAACAAAGUGGUCAGCACUCCAUCCUUCAUGUGGGAAACAGACUAUCACUACCACUAUAUAUUUGAUGGGAUUGGAAAUAUGGUCAAACACAUCCUGCGUCUGUCAACCAAGUGAGGAGGCGUUACCCCUGGAGAAGAAAUGAUGAAUGCUGGCAACUUCCAGUAUUCACUGCUGUACUGUGAUGAAAUAUUACCUGAAUAAUAGAAAAGCUUUAGUAAAGAGCA